UUCGGUUUUUGGUCAUUUAAGCCAACGAUAUCACUGAUACGAAUACCUCUAAAUACACAGCAUCGAAAAAAGAACUUUUAUAUCUAUAAUUUCUUCAAAUUCUCACAAUUCGGUUAAUUGGCAGAAUAAUAAGAAAAAAAAAAAGAUCUAACCACGUAAAGGGUAUUGCGCGGGAAAUAAUGCCGGUAUAAUCUUCACGUUAUCGGCUGGUAUUAAUGGUUACUUCUUCAUCGACUGUGGCUGACGGACACGAAUGAUUCUUGGGAACGGAACGGAAACUCCUUGGGGCUGUUGCUGAUAACCAAGGAAAAUGUCAUUCGCCAAUGACUUACAUGCGAUUUCGGAACUUGGAUUUCUCAGCAACAAGGAGAGAGAGGAUUUCUUUCUCUCGGAUGAAGAGGACGAGGAUGAGAAUUUCAAGUUCAAGUACGUUCCUGUGAGUAAGUUUAAGAACAUUAUCAAGGAUGUGAGAAGACAGAGAAUCAAAGUAGAUGAUGAGCGCACCUGGAAUACUUUCCUCAAGCAACAACGUUCGUUGAGCUUACCUUAUCAGGAAGAUAACGUGGAUCCGUCGAUAUCCAACGUGAAAAAGUUUCUCAGGGAUAAUUUCAAGGAGGUGGACAGGGAAUUGAUGAGGCUGGAAGAAGAUGCUCUUCCUGAGCGAAGGAAGAGACCAUCCAGCAGUGUAAACGAAAAUGUCCAAGAUUUCCAGGUACAAGGUACCAGAGUUGAAUCACCUAAGGAAGUUCCAGUUAUGAAGGACAGUGAUACAGGAAGUACAAAUAUCCUGUUAACGAUUCCAGAAGAGGAAAACAUUUUAUCUACCUACAAAAAGGGGUUAGAAUCAAGACAGGAAUGCAGAUUAAAUAAUGCAAACAGGAUAUCCUCGUCCGAUCAUAGAAUAAUACGCAGAAAGGAUAGAACGAGAACAAUCCUCCAUGCCAUUGAUGAUUCAGAGUACAAUUCCAGUCCGGAAUUGAGUCCUGAUCUUGCAAGCGAUCCAGAUGAUCUUGUAGAUGUUAGAGCGGAUCCCAUUGUUGUGCGUAAAGUUCUUUUUUGCCAGAAGAAAAUCUCACGUGUUCUGGACGAGAUUUCAUUGCAACUAGACAAAAUUCCACUUCCGGAUGGCGAGCGAGACCUGUACAGAAGACAACAGAGAGUUAUGGAAUUCGCCAUUAGAUUCUCCAGGAAUUAUUUAUACGAAUUGGGAAGACAAGUUACCGAGAUUCAGAGGCAUGUUCGUGCCAUUUCACCAAGUGUCAGAGUGAAGCCCAGUAGAAGAUGUCGCACUCUGCACAUGCAGGCGAUAGAACAGAAAUUAGUUGCUGCUCAUCAAUUAAUGCUGCAAGCAUUGACUGCUUAUUGCAGGCACAUUCCUAGUUCAGCACUUAAGAGUCAUCCUGGGAAACUCAAGGAAGUGUUGCAGAUCCUGGUAGACUUGGUGGAGAUCUGCGCAAAGAUUCAUCUCACUCCUUAUCAUUUUGGAUCAGGAGAUGCAGAUGAGCAACUAUUGACAAAUCUGCAAUCCUUUAUGCGGCAGCACAGGUCGCGUCGGCAUGAAAAUCCUGAACAAUUCCAGGAUAAAGAUUUGCUGAACAAAUGUAGUAACAUCCUGUCGAAACUUAGACCUGGUUCGGAUAACGAGUCUCAAGUAGUGAGCAACAGGACACAGUCGACUUUAGCAACUGCGCCUUCGGCUUCACGCACCAGGAGGCGAAACAGUGCUAAGAAUCUCACGAAUCGACUUAGCAUGUACAGUGUGGAUGUCAGAAACAGCAGAAAAUUACCCUUUUGCAGUCAGCAACAACAGAGGGAGAAAGAACGUGGCACUGUGAGGUCAAGGAUGUUGUCCAGCAAUCAUCCAGGAACUCCGGAACUACCAAAUCCUCAUUCUAGUCCAGCCAGUAACAAAUCAUCAAAGGAAAUGACGAGGCGUGUCAAUCCCAGAAUCAAAGAAAGAUUGUUGCAGAAGGAUGGUGACAUCAGAACUAUGAUGGAUAUGAUACCUACUGAUUCUGAAGCUGGUAGUAGCAUUGAGCAUACCGAUAAAUUUAAGGAACUAAGACCAAGUGAAUCCAAGUUCAAAGUCUCGCGAAAAUCUUCAACAAGAAUAAAAACUUCUCCGAGGUCUAAGCAUUCUGGUAUCUCGAUGAAAUCUACUAAAAAUGAUAUGAACGUUGGUAACGAAGUGUUUGCAAAUAAAGUAACCACGAUCACCGAGGAGCACUUGUCAAACUUGGUUCCAGUAAUUGCUGACCUCAUUUCAUUCAUUAGAAACAAGGAUAAUGACUGUGAGAUUCGGCCAGUAUCGUCUGCCUCAGUCGAAACGCUACUAGGACUGUUAGGAAAAUAUGAACCAGCAGCAAGCGACUUGCAUGAGAAUUUAAGCAAUUCAAAAAAUAUGCAGCUAAUUUGUCUCUCAUCCGAUGAAAUCGCUAACACAUUGCCAAAGUACAUGGAUGCUUCUUGCCAAGCAAAAUUGGAUAAAAUGUCGGAUAGCCAAUCAGAGUCCAGUAUCGCAAAUGAUGUGAUGAAGUUUUAUAACCAAAAGAAGGAAAAAAAGCGUUUGAUAAUAUCAAAAGAAUCAGAAGCUAUCAUUUUGGAUUAUCGGGACCGAUAUCAGGCCUGGUGUCGUGAAAAUCCAAUGUAUUCUAGCAACACUCAAAAUAAACCGUGGGAAGUUGUUGCUUGGAUUUCGGACAAACUGGUGGAUGAGUUGAUUAACGAGAUAUCAAAGGAAUUACAAAUGGAUGAUGUCAUUAAGAAGCUAUUCGACUUGGAAUUUCAAGAAUUUUGAAUCUCUGAUGUCAAACCAACUUCGCAAACUUAUACAGUAGAUACACGUAAAACGCGUGAAUGACAUCGCUGGAACUUACAUAAAUUUAGAAUGGUUUAUAUUGACUUGGGAGCCUGACUUUUUCUUACUAUAUAUGAAUAAACUGUCAACGAUAUUAUAUCUAAUUAA